AUGUCGUCAACAACCGACACUUCAAAUGUAUCCACUGCACCUCCAGUAUCGCAUGCCGAGUCGGAGGCUUCAUCUAGUAAAGCACAAGUCGUAACUCCCUGGGAUGUACAGGGCCAAGUCGUCGAUGGAAGGCAAAAGGCUAUCGACUAUGACAGACUCAUUGCUGAUUUCGGAACUCAGAGAAUAUCCCACGAGCUACUUGCCAAAUUGGAGAGACUUACUGGCAAAAAACCUCAUCGCUUCCUAAGGAGAAAUAUGUUCUUUUCUCAUCGAGAGCUGGACGUGAUCCUGGAUCGGUUUGAAAAAGGAAAGCCAUUCUACUUAUACACUGGUCGUGGCCCAAGUAGUGAUAGUAUGCAUGUGGGUCACUUGGUGCCAUUUAUCUUUUGCAAAUAUUUACAAGAAGCAUUCGAUGUACCACUCGUCAUUCAAAUGACGGAUGACGAAAAGUUUCUCUUCAAAGAAGAAUUGAAACUAGAAGAUACAUAUAAAUUCACAAUCGAAAACGCUAAAGACAUCAUAUCUCUUGGAUUUGAUCCUUCAAAGACAUUCAUCUUUUCAAAUUUGGAUUACGUCGGGCAAGCAUUCUACCGAAACGUCGUCAAAAUAUCGAAAUGCGUGACCACAAGUGUAUCCAAAGCUACUUUUGGAUUCACGGAUAGUGACAAUGUCGGGAAACUACAUUUCGUAUCAGUACAAGCUGCUCCAUCCUUUUCAAACUCAUUCCCACAAAUAUUUGGGCCAAAAGGAGAUAUACCAUGCCUGAUUCCAUGUGCUAUAGACCAAGAUCCAUACUUUAGAAUCACGAGAGAUGCUGCAAAGAGGUUGAAAUAUCCCAAACCUUCACUCAUUCACUCGAAAUUCUUCCCUGCAUUACAAGGUCCAGGAACUAAAAUGUCAGCAUCAAUACCAAACUCGGCAAUCUUCAUUACUGACACUCGCAAUCAAGUCAAAAACAAAAUCAAUAAACAUGCAUUCUCUGGUGGUGGAGCAACAGCUGAAAUACAUCGUGAAUUGGGAGGAAAUGCUGACGUUGACGUUGCAUUCCAAUACUUGACCUUCUUCUUGGACGAUGAUGAGGAAUUGGAUGAUAUCGAAAGGCGAUAUAAGGCUGGUGAAUUGUCUACCGGUGAUUUGAAAAAGAGAUGCAUUGACGUUGUUGCCGAUAUGCUUGAAGAAAUUCAGAAUAGGAGAAAGGCAAUAUCUGAAGAAUUGCUCAAGAACUUUAUGGAUGCGAAUUUUACUAGGCCAUUCAAAGCUCCAACUCCAGUUGCAUCGUCUUCAUAG